UGAAUGCUUCCACGGAUAUGUUUACAAAACAGUCUAGCUUGGGUCGUUAUUAUUAGGCUUUCAGUGAAUUUUAACAAAUAUUUUGGGCAGGCUAAAUUUCUAGAAAAUGACUAAACUACAGCUUUUGAAUGCUUACCUCACCGAGCGGUUAAUGCUGGCUGUAGAUGAGAUACUAGAGGUGGUCGGGGGGACAGUGUCAGAAUUCGAGGAGGAGACUGCCCGUACGAAGAGAGAGAAUGAAGUCCUAAAACGAAGGUUACGAGAAGUUGGACUCGACACGGGAACGGAAUGUUCAGCAGUCUCGACCAGGCCUGUUUCUCUCUCUAUGUCUGGGCAGCACCAGUGGAGUUCCGACCAGGGUCCAGACCUUGAGUCUACACAGACCCAGAACCACAUGGUAAUGAACCAGGAUAAGAUGCCAGCCACACAUAGCCAGCUACCCACAGAGUGCACCGAGUGGAAGAGUCUGUGUAACUCUCCACAUACCCUGUCCUCACAACAGACCGAUACAUCGGCUACCACACCAGUAGUAGCUCCAUUGACUUCAGCGUCCGUGAAAAGGGACUUGGACGAAGAAGACGACCAGCUUCUCCUUCCCUCUGCAAAUCCCUUCAGCAGCUCAUCAUGCCCCGUGGACAGAGUGGUUUUACACUAUAACUCUGAGGGCAUCAAAACAGAGCCUAGUGAUACUAUCCCUACUGACUUGGGGUCAGUAUCUGCUCAGAUGGGGUGUGGUGAACUAAACCCCAGUUCGGACCCUGGACCAGCCACUGUUGAAACCAGGUACACUGUUUCAGACCUGAGCGCUGACCUGGAAUCAGUGGUUGCAGACAGCAGCAGGUAUGGUGCCUCUGCCUCGGGCGUCCCAACUGACCUGGUAUCAGCUAGUGCGGCCAUGAUCCCAGAUGGCUUUUUCCGUCAGAUUGGCAGCGAUGGUUGUGUAACAACAGGGCCAGAACUAGACUUCGGGGACACCACCAGUGCCGUAGGUCCCUUGACCUCCCUGUUCUAUCCGGGUCAAACCAGACGUCAACCACAAACAAAUAGGUCAACAAAUAGGGGUCAUCAACAAAUAAACAGGUCCACAAACAACAGGGGUCAACAACAAACAAACAACAGGGGGGAUCAGAGGUCCCACCCGUGCCCUCAGUGUGGUAAGAUAUUCAGCCACGUGUCACGCCUCAAGAUCCACCUCCGCAUUCACACAGGGGAGAAGCCGUACGUUUGUGCACUGUGUGGCAAGCGAUUCAACAACGAUGGCACACUGAGGAACCACCGGCGCGUUCACACGGAGCUGCGGCUGUACGGCUGCCCUGUCUGCGGCAUGAGCUUCAAGGACGCCUACACGUGUAGGAAGCACCAGCGCGUUCACAAUGGAAUGCGGCCUGCCGGAGGCGGGGCCCACACCUGCAGCCUGUGUGGCAAGGCUUUCAGUGAGGCGGCUAAGCUGACCAAACACAUCAGGACUCAUGUGUCGGACAUUGGGUGAGGGCAGUACAACCUGUAAAGACUUUUUUUAUAGCGUACAUAAAGGCUUUAUAAGCGCUAUAUAAAUGCGUCACAAAUGAUCUAUAAGCCUAUGUCAUAUAACUAUAAAUGGUGUAUAAAGGGUGACGUAACAGUUCCCACUGUAGAUUUUAUUGCCAAAUGUAAGUUAAUAAACCAUUUAUAGAUUAUGACAUAUAAUUAUGAUUUGUAAAAGCAUUUAAGUAGCGCUAUAUAAAGCCUUUAGAUGUUUUUCUUUGCCACGGAGCUCCAGAGUGGCGCAUCCUGCUAAGGCACUUCACCCGACGUGCAGAGGGGCGUCACUACAGCCUGACGUGACCGGGAGUUCCAAGGGCAGUGCACAAUUGGUCUAGCACUGUCCGGGUUAGGGGAGGGUAGGGUUGGCAGGGGAUUCCUCGUCAAUUGGUCUAGCACUGUCCGGGUUAGGGGAGGGUAGGGUUGGCAGGGGAUAACUCGUCAAUUGGUCUAGCACUGUCCGGGUUAGGGGAGGGUAGGGUUGGCAGGGGAUUCCUCGUCUUAACUUGCUCUAGCGUCUUCGCGUGGCGGACUGGGCGCCUGCAAGCUGACUAGGGUCGUCAAUUGAACGGUGUCCCCCUCCAACACAUUGGUCCGGCUGACUUCCGGGUGUCUAUAAGAAGCAGCGUGUUUGUCCGAUCCUCACCUCUCCUUAGCCCGUUGGGGAGUUGCCGUAACGGAACACAAUUGGAUGCCACAAAAUGCUUUCAUUUCUAAACGGUAAGACGGACACGUGGGAAAAUCUCUGAUCCAAAAUGCUGGAGUUUAAGAGACACAUUGUAUUUUAGCUUCAACUGUCCAAAUACAUAUGGAGGGGUGUGUAUGACCGUGGCUGCACCGGCUUCAACGGGACAGGUCUUUGUGUACUCUGUCUGUGGCAGACGGUGUGCAUCCCGCUUCUGAUAAUGCAGUCAUCAGCGAUCCCACAAGGAGUAGUUGAAGUCAUCAUCAGAUGUGAUGAACUACCUUAAGCAAGCAGUAAGUGUGUAGAGACUUUCUUUAUUUUUCUUAUUACUGUGCGUGUGUGUUUUAACUUACUGUAUGUGUGUUUGUGCACCAGCCCGUCCAAAGGGCAGCGGGGCCCUGUCUGCCAGUCUGUUACAGGGAGGUUAUUUACUUUUUGCUGUGUUGUAGUAUUGAUCCACUUCCUGCUUGUGACUCGGGGGGUGGAGCCUACUGUCCUUGGAAACUGCAGAUGAUGAACCGUAGGUUGAAGACACUGGUGUCGAACACAAUUCCUUGAGAGCCACAGUCAGUGUCUGCUUGUUUUUGAUCUUAAAAUAUAUAUAUGUUUUUAGGAUCUAGACCUGCAAGAAAAACCGGGGUCAUGUUGCAUAAAACGGAAAUGAAGUGAAACUGUUUGAACUUGUCCAAUAACAAACACUGAUUAAUUAUGUAAAAAGUAGGAACCCGAAACUCACUGACACUGCAGUGCAGAAUCUAAGGACUGGAGUUGUACUUAUGUGGUUUAGAAGUCCAAAACCACAUUCCCUACCCCAGGACACUUCAUAAGGUGACUAUCCAGGAAAAUUAAAGGAAAAUGAGCACCCCUUGUCUGCACUGAACUGAGGAUUUUAUUUAGAGAGACACAAACCGGCUUAGGAUGCCUUCAUUAGAGUCUCAUCAUGGUCUCUCAUAGCAAGUGCUCAGACUUUGACUUAAUGUGACACUGAUAGUUCAGAGACUAAUGUACAAUAAAUGGGUUUAUUUUUUAAA